AUGUCCCAAUCCCAAUCCCUACCUCCACCCGACCACGACCCCGACCUCGAUAUCGACCCCAAUGCCUCACCCUUCGAACAAGCCCACACCAAAGUCCUCAAAAUACUAGACUCCACCCCCUACCUCACUGCCGAAGAACGCGUCCUCUACAUCCUCGACCUCGUCCGUUACGCUUCCUGGCAAGCCAACGGUCUAUCGCUUGUGCUCAAGGACGUCGUAAGUAAUGUCACCUCGUCGCACGUGCAAGUGGCAAUAGAGAGCCUUGGGAACGCCGAAGCGUGGAAGGCGGAAAGGGAGGAGUGGUUGGGGUUUGCCAAGAUGAGCCUUGGUGUUGAGGUUUUGGAGAGAGUUGUUUCUGCUGAUGAGGUUGUUGAGAUGCCUACCGCGCCGCAGCCCGUUCUGAGGUCCAUUGAGGAACCCAAUGAAUACCUCUUUGUUAAAUUGCCUACUGAGGACCUCAUCUUGAGGAAAGGUGGAGAGGGAGAAGCCGGGGGAUCUAGCAGCGGUGCUGAUGUGGAUAUGGAGGGGGACGGAAACGGAGACGGAGGCGGAGCGGGCGCCCUCGAAGAAGCUACUAUGGAGGAGGAGGAGGAUGCUAUCGAAUUUGAGGAUGAUGAAGAAGAUAAGAAAGAAGAUGAGAAAAAAGAGGAGAUUGAAACGGUCGCUUGGAAGUACAUCGUGAGAGGGUUGCAGCUUGUGCUGAGUGAAAUGAAUGACAUGAACAAGGUUCCUGAGAAUGACUACUCUCUGAUCAGGUCGUCGCUUGAGGUGGUGCAGUCGAGGCUGGGGAAAAUGAUGGAUGUCUAUGCACCGCUUCUCGCUCGGAUCAAGAACACUUUACCGGACGCCAAGGGGCUGGAGCAGAAGCUGGAUGCGAUGGAGGAGGGGCGUGCCUCGAAUGAGGAGGAUGCUUCCGGGAGUUUUCGGCAGUUUCGGAUGGAGUACAAGUCCUUGCUGGCGAACUUGGUUACGCUGGUAAAAGUGUUUGUUGCGCAUGGUAUUCCUUGCCCGUGUCUUUCGGCCGAGGAUAAGCUGAUUUUCAUGGACAUGAUUGUUUCGGAGAUGGAGAGAAUGGUUCUGAAGCAGGAAGGUGAUCUUAGUCAGGAGGUUCUGUCAAAGUUUAAGCCUGUGAAGGAGGAGCUAGCUCUUCUGGAUAGGAUGUAUGCUGCCAACUUGGCAGCACGAACUAUGCAGGGACCGUAG